AUGUUCAAACCAAUACUUCGCGCUCCCGUAUCACAAAGCAUAAGAUCGUUGUCAACUGAAUCGACAAAGAAAGUGCUUCCUAACUUUACUGAAUUACCAAAAUAUGUGUUGAGUUCUGUGAGAUCAUUCCCAUCAUUGGAACCAAAAUCCAUCAUUCCAGUCAGUAGAAAAUUCAUCAACGCCCCUUUGCGUCGUGAUAUAUUAUGGAAAGCGGUGGUUCACGAAGCCAAUGCCGCCAGAGUCGGGUCAUCAAAUGCUCCAGGCCGUUCAGAAAACGGGCUUUCUAGAAGAAAAGUCUUGCCACAAAAGGGUACCGGUAAAGCCAGAGCUGGUGAUGCCAAUUCCCCAAUCAGAAUUGGUGGUGGUAGAGCCCAUGCCAGACAUGCUCCAAACGAUUACACAACAGAAAUUCCAGUCAAAGUAUACUCAUCGGCAAUUAAGGUGGCCCUCAGUGACAAGUACAGAAAUGGUAGACUUUUCAUCGUUGGUGGUGAAACUCCUCUCGAAGAAUGCGAAUCAAACGUAACAGAAUUCAUUUCCAAUGACCCACUCGCUGCAAACCAAUUUUUGUUGAAGCAUCAGCUAACUAAAACAAAUUUACUUUUCAUCGUCAAUGAACCAAGACCAAACUUACAAGACGCUACUGAAAGUAACGAAAGAAUCGACAUCAUCUCUAAAGAAUUUAUCGAAGUCAGAGACAUCUUGAGAUCACAAUAUACUUUCAUUGAAAUGGAUGCUCUAAAAUAUCUCGCUGAUGUUUACGGGAAGGAGAACUGA